CCAACGAGCGGCUUCCUCCCUCCUUCCAUCCUUCCCUCCCUACUCCAUCCCUCCUUCCUUCCCUCCCUCCCUCGCCGUCUCUGAGGCGGAGCCGCCGCCGUGCCCUCCGAGGGAGCGCCGCCCGCGGGGGUAAGUGGCAAAUUGAAGUGCUGACUGAUGAAAUAACUUGCCCGAGGUCACCUAAGCAGUGUGUGGAAGAGCUGGAAAAUUGGUCGUGAAUAAGCUAGAGAGUCACCUGAGCUGCAGAGAUGCUGGAAGAAGAUAUGGAGGUGGCCAUCAAGGUGGUAGUAGUAGGAAAUGGAGCUGUUGGGAAGUCCAGUAUGAUUCAGCGAUAUUGCAAGGGGAUUUUUACAAAAGACUACAAGAAAACUAUUGGUGUAGAUUUCCUGGAAAGACAAAUCCAAGUUAAUGAUGAAGACGUCAGGCUAAUGUUAUGGGACACUGCAGGUCAAGAAGAAUUUGAUGCCAUAACUAAGGCCUACUACAGAGGAGCCCAGGCUUGUGUUCUUGUGUUUUCUACAACUGACAGAGAGUCCUUCAAAGCAAUCCCUACCUGGAAGGAAAAAGUGGUGACUGAAGUUGGAGACAUUCCCACAGUUCUGGUGCAGAAUAAGAUUGAUCUUCUUGAUGACUCUUGUAUAAAGAAUGAAGAGGCAGAAGCACUGGCAAAAAAGCUAAAACUACGGUUCUACCGAGCAUCGGUGAAGGAAGACCUAAACGUAAGUGAAGUUUUCAAGUAUUUGGCUGAUAAAUACCUUCAAAGGCUCAAGCAACAAACAGCUGAAGAACCAGAGCUAGUACAUACAAGCAGUAACAAGAUUGGUGUUUUUAACACAGCUGCUGGAAGUCACCCCAACCAAAAUUCUAGCACUCUCAACGGGGGAGAUGUCAUCAACCUUAAACCAAAUAAACAGAGGACCAAGAAGAGCAGAAGCCUUUUCAGCAACUGCAGCAUACCUUAGACCACUUCUGGAGGAAAAAAGAGUAACAGUGAAUUGGAUGAAGUUGCGCAGUUGAAUACAGAAUAAAAAGCCAGCUUUAGAGGUAUUUUACCAGUGCUUUAGCGAAUCUUGUGCCUAUGGGAUCCUUGAUAGAUGAUGGGUUUGUCUAAAAUUGCUGAUGCAGUGGGUUUUGGUAUGUAGGGUGAGACACCUGGUGGCAAAACACAGAACCAUGUCUGUCCCUGUGCACUCUUUUAAAAAAAAAUAAGCAUCUUUUUGAAUGAAUUAUUUACAGAGCUCUGAACUAGGUUUUGCUGAAUUGUGAAGUACAUUUAAUGUAGGGAUAAUACUUACAAGUAUAGGUACAGACCAUAACCUUAUGGCCCAAGGUACAGUAGCAACCUCGCAACUCAAUUUCAAAGGAAAUGUUAGACUUGAUUAGCCAGGACACUAAGAAAUUAAAUGAAGAGCAGAAUGAAGAUGUGACGUUUUAUGCCUGACUGUACUAACAUGGAUUCUGGCAGUUCUGUCGGUGCAAUAUACUUGUGUUCUAUAUAUGGUUGUUACGGUAUAUAUGUAAACAUUUGGUAUGAAUAUUUAGGCUAAAUUCCAGUGUAUACAUUACUUGGAGAUCAGCUAAUGAUUAUAAAAUAGCAUCUUCAGAAAAGGUUUUCCUUUAAAAACGUUAACAUUUCUGAUGAGGCUUUGCCAGCUGCUGCUGUUUAUGUUUAACUUGCUAUACUUGGGCCUAAAAGCUUAGAUUUAAAAAUGGAUGGUGCCAAAAACGUUCCUCUUUUACCUAAUGCUGUGCUACAGAUGUUUUUGUAAGUUUGUUUUUCCUCAGUCUUAACAGGUCGAACAAGUAAGUCUUUAACACUAAUAGAUAUCCAGAUGGAACACAUAACGUAAUCAUAUUCCUGUCCAAGUUUGAUUGCUGUGUCCUGUGUUAUCUAUGAAAAAGGAACUUGCAAAAUGGCGUCACAAAAUAUUUAUCUUCUUUGGAGAAAUUUUUCGUAGGUACUAUAAACUAGGUUAUGGAGGAUCCAAAAACCACAGCUAAUAACUGAAUUACAUUAAUGAGGCAUUCCUUAAUGUUGUCACCGACUCAAAAUUAGCUGACAGUUACCGAAAAUCUAAUUCUGCAAGAUCAGAGACAUGGCAAAAAAAAUCAAGUACAUAAAUAAUUUUACAGAACUGAUUUAAACAUUUAGGAGCCCAAAUCUAAAUUAAAGGUAUUUGGGUUUGGGCUCCUAAAUCACUAAGGUGCUUUUAAAACUGCUAAGCAAGAUAUCUAAUUUACCAAAAAUAAACACUUUUUAAUCCUCUUCAAGAGCAUGCAUGCCUUUUAAAAAUAUCCAUUUUGUUUACAUGUUUUUGUAUGGUAUGAUAUAAUUUUAACUUUCUAGGAUUUCUACAACAAACCUGCCAGUGACAAAUGCAAAAUAUGCUGCUUGAAGAAAAUGUAGAAUUUUAAUAGUUUUUUAAACAGUGUAUGAGAGUGAAAGCGACUCGCCUGAUCCUGUAUAUUUUUGGAGGAAGGACUUUUCACUGUGUGAAUUCCUAUAGGAAGCCUGACUUAUUUUGUUUCUAAGUCAAUGAGUAUGGAAACUGAAAUGUCCUCUUGUCCCGCUGUCUGCAGGGAGAGAAGUGGGUGGCAAGUUAUGCACAAGCAGUGUAGAUCUCUGAACUCUGCGUUUGAUGUUUACUGUGUUAGACUUUCUACUGAGUACCGUUGUUUCUUUGACAAGCUGGCACAGCAUCGCCUGGUGGUGGCAAGAAGCCGCUCGGGCCCCUUUGCUGUUGCAGCAAAACUGUGUCCUUCGCUGUCAUGUUUCCUGUAUUCUCUCUUGGAUAGAUGCCUUUAUUUUUUAACAAGUGCAUUUAAUCACGUAUGUAUGUAUGUAUGUAUAAACAGAGUCGAGUCCCACCUGUCUUAACGAUUUAAGAAGUAAGGUACUUAGGAUUUGGUAACAGAGACCUAUGAUUGUACGCAAUGGGGCCAUCUUACAGCGUCAGGAUGUAGGAUAGAGGGUACGCGUGAAGAAUUUCGACAACUGUUUUUAACAUGGAAACUUUUACAUUUCAUUGUCUGUCUGCCAGUUUAACAUUUUUUUAUUAUUUUUUCUUGAAAAAGCCCGCAAAGUGUCUGAAACAUCCUUCUUGCCUUGUUCAACUUUGUACAGAGUACUGAAAAAUCUUUCUGAUGUGUAACGACCAUUUGUACUGUUACGUAUUUUACAGCAGACAUUGUGUUAUUACAGAAGCCAUUUGCGUUUGAGGUCUUGUCACUAUAAACCACUAUGUUAAGGACUGAAAACUCAAUAGAAAUUUUCAUAGGUGGAGACUUGACAGACCUGCUAAAUUUAGGAUACAUUGAAAUGUCGUAUGUAUGUGCUUUAAUCUAGGAACAUAUAUUUGCAGGACCAGGCAACAGCGAGUUUUAAUUUAAUUCCCAUCUUAAAUCUAAAGUGGCUCUUUCUUUGUUGUGACUUUGCAGUGCUUAAUCUCCAGUACGACCAAGAUGGAGACUGUCCAAAUUAGCAUUUUUCUGGGGAGCACUCUGCAUGUGCUCUGCUUGAAAAUGUAAACUAAAAUCAGGGGGAUAAAAAUUACAGAUGUGAACCAGACGAGUUGCAUACUGCAGGAAUCCUUAGGUAUUCAUAUCACUGCUCUGCAGGAGUAACUCCUGACUUUUGGAUGAAGAGAGGUGCCUGCACUUCCAGCGCUCACAUUGUCCUUUCUAUUUUUUUACUAUUAUAAACAUCGCCCCCAUUCUUCACUCCAUGUUCUCACUAAAAUACCACAUUGCAGUCACCCUUCUCGUGCUCCUGCUGACUGCGUGGUGGCAGAGGGUGCAGUUCUGCACCUACCGCAGUUUCCUUCCGUGAGACUGAGCGAGCUGCGCUCCUCUGACAUCUGCUGUCUCUUGAGUAGCUCAUUGGAUACACGAUUUAAAUUUUGCCAGAAUUCUUUGCUUUCAGCUGAUAAAGCUGAUAAAGUUAGUAGAAAACUUCAGUAACUUAAUGCCUUAGUGAAGUAAGCAUUCACUCAAGAGUACAGCUCUCAAGCAUCUGUUGCUCCCGUGUCGUAUCCAUUCAGUGAAUGGGUGUUCUCCCAGCACGUGGGGCAUCGUUUGGUGCGGAGCAGUAGUGCUAGGGAUGUAUUUCCAACUGGAAAUAACAGACCUCAAGGUUGUAAGACUGGUCACGCUAAGAUUUUUGUGCUUGUGUCUGUGGUUAAUUAAAAAAAAAACAGGGCAUUCCACGUAAGACGUUUUUGGAGCUUUCUUAUUUUCAGUGUUUCUUAAGGCAACGCUUACCUUUUUUGGUCAAAAUGCACGAAUUACCAUACUGUCAGUCUCAUUUCCUGAUUAAUUUUUUUAUACUUCAGUAAAAAUUGUCUUUUUUUUCAUUGUUGGGCUAUAACACAUCUGAUGUAGUUUUUCUUUGCAUCACUUCUGUAGCUGUACGUUGUACUGGAGGGAAUUGAGUAGCUCGACAUGCACUGCUUUGAGGUUAUGCCUGGGUAUACACGCACAUACCUGGUGAACGUGCACUUUGAUGCUGUUAAUUCAUUAGUCAAGUGUAUAGCUACCAGUUAACAGACUAAUGCAAUUAAUUAUUUGCACUGCUGGACCCUCUUGGGAGAACUCAGUCACACACCAAACUGACAAACAUGCUUUGGAUUCCAGCGGCGGUACCUAAGCCGCUCCUGUUUUUCUAAAUCUAAUCAUAAACCUCUGGCUAAAGUUGUAGUUCCUGAGCACGAGGUGUCCAUCAAACAGAGCAACCACGGCCCAAGAGGCUUGAUUUCAUCAAAACCACCGCACUGUACUUCUGUAGAAAGUAACAGUUGUGCAAAUCUUUCUUUUUUCAUGCUCAAGUGGCAUUUAACAGAAGAAAAUACUUUUCACUUAAAUAUGGCAUCCUAAAAGGUAAUCAAAGUCAUAAAAGAAAAAAAUGCAGGAAUUAUUAAAUUUAAGAUGGAAGGUGCUAUGGUAAACUAAGAGAAACUUUGAAGCAGUUCCAUGUCAAAGAGGGGUUCUGGACGAGUCACCUCAAAGCCAGGUGAGUCCUAGUGCUGCACGAGCCUCAUCCUCAGGUUUGCAGCCGAAGGGGAAUGCUGAUAACUAACUCGUGGAGCGAGUGUUCUUGUUUCCUCUUCCUGACGCAGAUGUGGUUCAGCAGAACCAACUAAAGUUGCUCAAAAAAAUAAAAAUAGGACCAGGAGAAAAACCGUUGUCAUUGCAAAGCUAAAGAUGUGUUGUUACUAAGAAGUGACUUACUCUUAUUGGCAAGUUCCCGUGACUCUAAAUGGUUAAAAUAUUAUAUAUAUACACAUAACUGUUUUUAUCACCUUCAUGAACUCAAGUAAAUGUAUUAUAUUUUUAGAAAAAGUCAAUAUAACUUACAGUAAAUCCUCAAGUGGACAAAUAAACGUUUAAAAA